AUGGCCCUCCUCGAACAACUCUUCUUCUCAUUCACCAUUAUCAUCAUUUCUUUUGUUGCUUGUUAUGAAACCUUGCAAGAGGACCCACUUAAUAUAAAUGUUCAUGAUUCACCUUUUAUUGAUGAUGGUGGGACAUUAUUUAAGAACUUGAUCAAGCAAAGCACAAACGUUUUGAGCUCAAACAGUUUUGAGAAGCGUGAAUCCAUCAAAAAGGUUAAUGUCAAUGAUUAUGGAGCUAAGGGGAAUGGUGAUACUGAUGAUUCAGAGGCUUUCAAGAAGGCUUGGGAUGUGGUAUGUUCUUCUGGGGAAGCAAUUCUGUGGGUGCCUGAGGAGAAUUAUCUGCUCAAACCAAUCAGAUUCUCUGGCCCUUGCAAACCAAACAUUGAAGUGCAGAUUCUUGGAACCAUAGAGGCAUCGGAUGAUCCAUCAGAUUACGAGGAAGACAGCAGACACUGGCUUGUAUUUGACCAUAUUAAGAAACUGUUUGUUUAUGGUGGUGGAACCAUCGAUGGAAACGGCAAAAUAUGGUGGAAAAACUCAUGCAAAAGGAACAAAAAGAAACCUUGCAAGGAUGCUCCAACGGCUCUGACUUUCGAUAAUUGUGAGGACUUGAUAGUUGAGAACUUGAGCAUAGAAAAUGCUCAACAAAUCCAUGUUUCAUUCCAAGACUCCGAGAAUGUUAAGGUUUCUGGCCUUAACGUGACUGCACCAGAGGAUAGCCCCAACACCGAUGGGAUUCAUGUCACCAAUACGCAAAACAUCCAAAUCUCAGACUCUGUUAUAGGAACUGGUGAUGAUUGUAUAUCUAUCGUACAUGGAUCUAAAAAUGUAGAAGCAACAAACAUCACCUGUGGACCUGGCCAUGGUAUCAGUAUUGGAAGCUUAGGGGCUGGAGAAUCCAAGGAAAUUGUUUCAGGAAUACUAGUGAAUGGAGCCAAGAUAUUUGGAACUAAAAAUGGAGUUAGAAUCAAGACAUGGCAGGGAGGGUCAGGUAGUGCUAGUGACAUCCAAUUUCAGAACAUUGAGAUGGAGAAUGUGACCAACCCGAUAAUAAUAAACCAGAAUUACUGUGACAAGAAAAAAAAGCCAUGCAAAAAAGGGAAAUCUGCUAUACAGAUCAAGAAUGUGUGGUACCAGAACAUAACUGGCACAAGUGCUUCUGAUAUAGCUGUGAAGUUUGAUUGCAGUGAGAAAUUUCCAUGCCAGGAGAUAACAUUGCAGAACAUAGACCUUGAAUGUGAAGGAGGAGAUGAUGCUGAGGCUUGGUGUAAAAAUGUUGAAUUGUCUUACUUUGGAUACGUUAAGCCUCGUUGCAAUUCAGAAAAGAGAAAUGCAUCUACUAAUAUUAUUACCUCCAUAUGGAAAUACUUCUCAUGGUUAACAUGA